UUCCCUGAGAUUUGGAAACUCACAUUCUAUCAUUUAUCUUGUAAGAUGUGCUACCUGGACCUAUCCUGGCUGGGCCUGAGACCCUUGUCAGCCUCACCAUGGCUGCUCUUUUUCUUUGCUGGGGCUUCCUGGUUCUUGGCCCGCUGCUUCACCCACAUAUACACAUUGUAUAAAAAGUGUCGUCUUCUCUGCGGUUUCCCUCAGCCACCCAAGAGGAAUUGGUUUUGGGGCCACCUGGGCAUGUGUCCUCCCACGGAAGAAGGCAUGAAGGAGAUCACUGAGCUGGUGGCCACCUACCCUCAGGGCUUCAGGACCUGGUUAGGCCCUAUAGUUCCUCUCGUCAUUUUGUGCCACCCUGACACCAUCCGAUCUGUCCUCAGCGCCUCAGCUGCGGUUGCCCCGAAGGAUGACACCUUCUACAGGUUCCUGAAACCCUGGCUGGGGGAUGGGCUCUUGGUGAGUGCCGGUGACAAGUGGAGCCGCCACCGUCGCAUGCUGACACCCGCCUUCCACUUCAACAUCCUGAAACCCUAUGUGAAGAUUUUCAAUGACAGCACCAACAUCAUGCACGCUAAGUGGCUACGCCUGGCCUCAGGGGGUAGCAUCUGUCUGGACAUGUUUGAGAACAUUAGCCUCAUGACCUUGGACACUUUGCAGAAAUGUGUUUUCAGCUUCAACAGCAACUGUCAGGAGAAGCCCAGCCAGUAUAUUGCUGCCAUCUUAGAGCUCAGUGCCCUGGCUGUGAAAAGACGUGAACAGCUGCUUCUGCACAUGGACCUGCUCUACCACCUCACAGCUGAUGGGACGCGCUUCUAUAAGGCCUGCCGCCUGGUCCAUGACUUCACCGAUGCCAUCAUCCAGGAACGGCGUCACACUCUGCCCACUCAUGGUGGUGAUGAUGUCAUCAAGGCCAAGGCCAAGACUUUGGACUUUCUUGAUGUGCUGCUGCUAACUAAGGAUGAAGAUGGAAGGCAGCUGUCGGACGAGGACAUCCGAGCUGAGGCUGACACCUUCAUGUUCAGGGGCCACGACACCACAGCCAGUGGGCUCUCCUGGAUCCUGUACAACCUGGCGAGGCACCCUGAGCACCAGGAGCGCUGCCGGCAGGAGGUGCGGGAGCUCCUGAGGGGCCGAGAGCCUGAGGAGAUUGAAUGGGACGACCUGGCCCAGCUGCCCUUCCUGACCAUGUGCAUCAAGGAGAGCCUGCGGCUGCAUCCUCCAGUCACGGUCAUCUCCCGACGCUGCACCCAGGACAUUGCGCUUUCAGAUGGCCGAGUCAUCCCCAAAGGUGUCAUCUGUGUCAUCAAUAUUUUUGGAACCCAUCACAACCCAACUGUGUGGCGAGACCCUGAGGUCUAUGACCCCUUCCGUUUUGAUCCAGAGACCAUCCAGGAUAGAUCGCCUCUGGCAUUUAUUCCCUUCUCUGCGGGACCCAGGAACUGCAUAGGUCAGAUAUUCGCCAUGAAUGAGAUGAAGGUGGCCCUGGCGCUGACGCUGCUGCGCUUCCGGGUCCUGCCUGAUGACAAGGAACCUCGCAGGAAACCGGAGCUGAUCCUGCGUGCGGAGGGCGGGCUGUGGCUGCGAGUGGAGCCGCUGAGUGCCUCCCCACCCACCCCCGUGCAGUGACCCACCCACUUUGUCCUGGACUUCUUAGUAGUUAGAUAGGUGUGACUCUGCCCUUGUAGGUCGCAAAGCACAAACAGUACUG